AUGGGGCCCCACACACUUGGUCGAGCCAUAAAGACUCCUCUCAGGCCGAGCCCUCAGCUCCACGCGUACGGCUUCACCAGGCUGGAGACCCGAGUAGUGGAAGGCCGACUUGAGGACCAGGGAGGACAGUUAGAUAAGACGUCGAUAACUGGAUUUGACUGGCAGUUUGAGUCAGUUGCCACGUUAACACAACCUGAGGUCCUGAGGUUCUGGUCGCUGGCUUGGAUCUUGUCAGGGCGACUGGGUGUUGCCUCCAGUACCCAACCUCCAGUCUCCAGCCUCCAGCCUCAACCUGCAGCUCCCAGUCUCCAGCCUCCAGCCCCAGCCCCUAGCCCCCAGCCUCCAAUAUCCAGCCUCAACCUCCUGCCUCCACUCUCCAGCCCCCAACCUCCAGUCUCCAACCUCCAGCCUCAACCUGCAGCUCCCAGUCUCCAGCCUCCAGCCCCAGCCCCUAGCCUCCACUCUCCAGCCCCCAACCUCCAGUCUCCAACCUCCAAUCCCCAACCUCCAGCCUCAGCCUCCAGACCCCAGCCCCUAGCCUCCACUCUCCUCCAAUCCCCAACCUCCAGUCUCCAACCUCCAAUCCCCACCUAG